AUGAUCAUAUUAAGAAUUCCCACCUUCAAAGAAGAACUAGGAGAAGAUGUUGAGAUUUGGCUGCACCAAAUAAAGAAUAUCUUAAGAGCCCAAGAAGUUAAAGAUUCCACUUCAUCUAUCUUUUUCUCUUAG